UCAAAUUCUGCCCAUCCAACCGCUCCUUCCUAUCUCCUCCACCGCCUCAUCCCUUAGCUUCUUCAAAGUUCGAAGCCUAACCUACCAAAGACGCUCUCCAUCAACCCUCUCCGAUGACCGCCGGUCUCACCCAGACGCUACUUUCCUUCUCCCCUCGUCGAAGGAGAUGGAUCCUCCUCCUAGCGGCCGCCGGCCUAUCUAGCUACGGAGCCUACAGGGUUUACCACCUCCCCUCUGUCUCCUCCAAGCGCCGGAAUCUCGCCAAAUUCGUCAGAGCUCUUGUCUCUAUCGCCGAGGCCAUCUCCUCCGCUGCCGAUGCCGUCAGCGUCGUAUCAUGCGAUCUCAACCGCUUCUUACAAUCUGACUCUGACGAGAUACCCACGAGUCUUAAGCAAGUCGCCAAAAUCGCGAGAUCCGACGAGUUGUCGAGUUCGAUUUCAAGAGUAUCUGAGGCACUGACGGUCGGGAUCAUCCGAGGUAUGGGCUCCACUUCUGAUUCACAAGGAUUCUCUGACAGGCUUCUUGAGAAGCUGUUCUCUAGUAAUGGCUCUGGUUUCGCAUCAGUUAUGGUUGGGAGCUUUGCCAGGAACUUGGUCAUGGCCUUUUAUUCCGGUGGAGAUGGGAUGGAUUCUAGCUAUGCGCCAAGAUGGGUUAAUAUAAUGUGUGAUGAAAAGUGCAGGGAGUUGAUUGCGGAAAGCAUCCAGCACUUUGUGGGAACUGCUGUGGCUGUGUACCUUGAGAAGACUAUGGAGGUUAACACUUAUGACGAAUUCUUUUCCGGCCUCACCAACCCUAGGCACGAGGCUCAGGUCAAGGAUGUUUUGGUUUCUGUCUGCAAUGGUGCGGUGGAAACACUGGUUAAGACUUCUCAUGAGGUGCUGACUAGCACGAAUUCAAUUUCAUCCAUUGACAUAGGGAAAGAUGUCAGUCAAGUACGUUCGCCUCAAAAUCUGAAGGGGUUUUCCGAUGUCAUGAGCAAGGAAGGGAGCGGAUGGGUUGAACGGGUUUCAUCAGUCUUAGCAAUUCCAAGCAACAAAAAGUUCGUUCUUGAUGUGACUGGUAGAUUGACAUUUGAGUCUGUAAGAUCGUUCCUUGAAUUCCUGUUGUGGAAGCUUGAAGAUGGUGUGAAGAGGGGUGUUAAUGUUGUCCAUGAGGAAGUUAUUGUGAGAAGUCUGGAUGUGGUGAGGUUCUUGAGUGCCAAGGUUAUGCUUUCAUUUAGUUUAUGUUUUGCGCUUUGCAUGCGUUUUGCUGCUGGACCGAGGGUUUUGAUGGCUGCUUAAUUUGGAAGUGAUUAUCACAUUCUGAAGUGAUAAGUUUCAUACAUGUAAGGCUGCUUAACGUAGUUUUUCCUUUAAAAUAAUGCUCGUCGCAAGUGUUCAUUAGUUGAUUUCUGAA